AUGUUCCUGGGCUACUCGCCUCAUGCCAGCCGCAACCCACAAGUGACAAGCGGCUUGCUUGGAUUUACCCUCUCCUUCAAAAAGAACGUCCUCGCUGAGUUUGUCAAAUUUCCUGAAGACACUCUUGGUGCACAAGUCAACCCCAGACCUGCCGCGGUCUCAGUUGGCGGCAUGUGGGACAGCCAGAUUUGCUGUGGGUUCAUCAGAGGAGAACUAGAAAUGGUCAUCAUUGGUUGGCAUGGCCAUAGAAGCUAA